GCGCGCGCGAGGGUUGGCAACGGCGUCUCGGGCCGUGCGCCCGUAGCUCCGACUUGCUUGACGCGGCGAGCGCGGAAGUCGCAAAGCGGCAGAACAAGGGGUCCAGCGAGGAAGCGCGCGUCUUCCUGCAUUCGGACAUCUGCAAGUGGGUACCCGAGCGGGCCCGCUCGGGCCCUCGCGACGCCGAGGAGGAGGCCGACGCGUCCAGCAGCGCCGGCAAAGAAGUUGCGGCGGUCCAGAAGGGGCCCGUGGAGAAGGCCUUCUUAACCCUAUGCCAGUGGCAGCUGGCGUGGGACCAGUGCCCCCAGCCCCGCCGCGGGCAGACCGCGCGCUAUCGCGACUGCGCCGCGCGCGGCAGGUUCGCGCUGGCGCUCGUCGCCACGGGGCAGCUCACGCUGGCGAAGACGGCCGCGACCUCGAAGCGCCGCGUGCACCCCGGCAUCGUGCACCACGAGGAGGCACGCAAGACGCCCCCCCGCGUUCGCGCCAGAGCGGCGCCCUGCGUUCGUGCCGGCGCGGCGCAGCUGUGGGCGGAGCAGCUGCGCUCGGGCGACCCAGAGUUCAAUAUGGGGAAAGCGAUCCUGCGG